AUGUAAAUAUUCUAUUAUACAUCCAAAUGCGGGGUCAAAAAGAGUUUUCAGAAUUUGGAGGAGGGGUUUCAGAAUUUGUUGGGGGUAGGUUUCAAAAUUUGGGGGAGGGUGGUUUCAGGAAUGGGCGAGAUGGGUGCGCAUGAAACAGAUAGGGAGAAAUCACAGAGUUUGGUGUGCAAACCCGUUACGUGAAGAAUCGUCCGAUUGGGCUGUAUGCAACGAGAAGAAGAACAACUUCAGACGAUCUUCUUUUGUGCUUCUCCAGCUGCGAGUGAACCCAAUGGACGAGCAACUCUUCAGUCUGUAUACCUGGUUCACAGCAGCAAGAGGAGGGGGAGAUGUGGCGAGCAACUUCUUCUCUCCAAAUUUGGCGAGCAAUUUGGCUUCCUGGAUUUUGGCGAGCUGAAUAGCUAAAGCGUUGGAGAACACGAUUUGAAAUUUUGCUCGCUUGAAUGGCUAAAAGACUCAAAUGGCGAGGGGCCUCGGAGAUGCUCUUACUACCUGGAGUUAUCCAUCUCUCCAUACCACUACCCACCUAUCCCCGGAGGUCAGACUCUCUCUCUCUCUUUCUCUCUCAAUAAUGAUUAGAAACUAAAAACAUAAUUAAUAAUUUUAAUUUUUCAUGGGAA